UUCUUCAUUUAAAAAAAAAACUUCGUUUGCCAAAAAUGCCUUGGUAUUUUCCAUGGUCUGAGGCAAUCAAGAGAAGAGCAUGCAGAUAUUUGCUGCAACAUUAUCUUGGACGAUUCUUGGACACAAAACUAGGAUUAGACCAGCUGAGUGUGGACCUAUACAAAGGGACUGGUUGUGUGAAAGAUGUAAAUCUUGAUGUAGAGGCACUAAAUGAUCUAAGUGAAGAACAAGGUUUUCCUCUAGAAUUUUUAGAUGGAUCAAUAUCUGAAGUAUCAGUUUCUGUUCCAUGGUCAGUUUUACUUAGUGAAAGUAGUUCUGUGGAAAUUAAAGGGCUUUGUCUCGUUGUACGCCCAAAACAACAAUGCAAAAAUGCUUUUAUGUGGGAAUCUAUGAUCAAUAGCAUGAUCAUGACCACAAGUAUGCAGCUGGCAGAAGAAUGCUUGAAAGAAAAUGAGGGAGAAUCUUUUGAUGAAUCUCAAACCACAUUUGAAGGAUUGGAGCUAUUUGCCCAAACACUUGAAACAGUUCUAGCAAGAAUCAAGGUCAGGGUUAUUGACACUGUUAUCAGAUUGGAGUAUGUCCCCCUAAGUUCAUUGUCUGGAGUUGGCCUAAAAAUCCAUGUGAAAAGAAUGGAUUAUUUCGAUAUGGCUGGGCAAGACCAAAAUAUUCCAGAUGGUCACCAAGUUGUUAAUGAAAAAUCAGCGUAUGCAACGAAAAAGUUCCGAUUGGAGGGUGUAUCAAUAUAUUCGGAUGAGUUUGCUGCGAAGCAGACAACACAAUCAAGAAGUUGUUCAUCUGAUAAUUCGUCAUCUUCUGAUUCAUUCCCAGAAAAUGGCUGUGAUAUUAAGACCCCAGAGCAAAAGGUUUCGGAUAAUUUAAUUCUCUGUGGAAAACUUAGUGGCCGACAUGAAAUAGCCAUACGAUACAAGCAAUGUGAAAAUCUUCUUGGGCCUAAGAUGGAGUUGGACGUUACGCUGGGGUCAACUGUCCUAUUUUUUUCACCUCGUCAGUUUCAUUCCUUCCAUGCCAUUAUCCAAUCUUUGCUUCUACCAGCUCUUGAAAUCAACAACAAAAGCAAACGUAACGAAAAGCCAAUGCAACUGUCCGAUUACCGACGAAUUGAAAGUGAGCUCCAACAACAAAUAAAGCAAGCAACCUUACCAAGUGCUCCAGGGGAGUCACUCAAUAGGAAAGGCUGGUCGACUGGAUACUUGGAUGAUAGCGAUGAAGAAUUUCAUGCAUUUGAGCCAUCGCCUGUGGGAAAAAUGGACAAUUACGUGGUACCUACCAUUCAGCAACCUAAAGAUAGCCCAUCAUGCGAAAAUAACGGGUGCACUGAAUCGCCGUCUGUGCGCCAUUCGAACCAUUCAAAAGCUAAUAGUCAUUUUUCUGAAAAUGGAUGUACCCUGGAAGGAGACAACGCAUCGGUACGGAUGCGGUUUUCAGUGAAGUUGGGAAGUCUAGUGAUUUUACUGUUGCACGAAGAUAUCUUCGCUUGCAAUUCAACUACAGGCCAGCUAACAGCACCUUCUGUUGACGAGAUGCGUUCAUUGGCCAAUUUUUUCUUUGGUCAAGUUGGAUUGCUUCCUUUAGUUGGAGCCGGGAUAAAGGAUUUAUCUGUCACUAAAGAAAAACUCGACGCAGCCUGUUCCAAAAGUCAUCUACGAUUCAUUCUGGCCCCUGUGAGUAUCAAUGGUACUGAACAGGUUUGUACUGUGGGCACUACCAUGGAUUUGAAUCUGACAGCUGCGGUGGCCGAGAUCUUAGAGUGUCUCGUCGAAAAAUCUUCUUUGGCACUUAAUUCUGGAAUUGAUUCUUUUCCCAUUAUUCGCUUCCUUCCAUAUUUGGAUGGAUGCCAAACGAAGCCAAAUCUUCAUUUGAAAUUCAUAUCCCAUCAACCAGGGCGUACUUUGCAGAAAGUUCGGAAGCCUUCAAUGCCCGAAAUGCAUAUCAAUAUCUACUUUUGCCCAUGCGAGAUUGAGGUCGAUAUGUCGAUAGUUGAUCGUAUAACAUCCCUCCUAAAUCGGCCAAGUUUCCUAAGUAGUCCAAAAGCCAAAUUCAAUCAGAUGUAUCAGGAGAAACACAUCAGCGUUGAUGCCGUAUUGGACAACGAUUCACUUUGUCAGACAAACGUCGGUGUAUCGUGUCCAAAACUUAAUGUAAAGUUGAGAUUUCCUAUUCCGGAUUUACGACCUGUUCAUGAUUUGCAACGGAACCCAUGGUGGCGAAGGUGUCUUCGUCCGGAUGUUUUAACUAUCGAACUUCAGGAAGUUGUCUUGAAAACGACCUUCACCCCAAAUGAAACGAGCACAACCGUUCACCUCGUGUGCAAGGAAGCCAUUGGCAGUUAUCAAGAAAAAGCGGACGAAGAAGCAAUAAAAUUUUUGCAUACUGCGGCCCAAGACGGCGAUGAUGUAGAUAUAGCAGAUGGAGCUGGUCAUUAUGACCUGCCUCGAGUAACAUUAAUUUUUCGACCCUCACACACCAAUGGUAUUGAAUUAGAGGAUCAAGACGACAAUGGUCGGGAAAACGAUGAUGACGGGGACGUAAUGACCAUGUCGACAGGAGAGGCUUUACUCGGAAUCACAGCUGAAGAACCGUCGCCCUUUAGUAAACAAAGGCGUAUUCAUAAAGGGCAAAAUCAUCGUGACGAAGGUGCGAUUUUGGACGAGUUGGUCAUCCCCGGAGACAGCGAAGAAACUGCAGAAUUCAUUACUUUGGCGUGCAAGAUGUGCCUCACCCAGAUCGACAUUUCGCUCCCAAAGGCAUCUUUACUGUUGCCGUCAAAACAAUUCUUUGAGACAAUCUACAACAGACUGUCUACUGAUCUGUGCCUGUGGGAGCCAUCAGCUCCUGAAUAUUUUGCCUUCCAUGGAAAGCCUUUUCAUGAAACACAGAACGUGUCGAAUUUUAGUGGACUUGGCUCGGCUGUUCUGCAAAGCCCGAUUCCAAAUAUGUUCAUUAUGUGCAAAUCGGGAGUAGCCUACGAAUCUGAUUCGGAAUCGGAUGAAGAUGGUAAUGGAGCGGCUUUUACCUACAUGAAAAACCGGCAAGAACACUUGAAUGGCAAAGGAAAAGUGAAAUCUUCACCUAGUAAAAUGUGUGUUUCAGUCAAUAUCGGCAAAGGAUCUGGGACACUGUUUUGCCACGUAAAGGAUUCGUUUGAAGGCGAAAGUACAACGCAUCACGGAGAAAUCCAGUUCUGCGUUGAAAAUGGAAGAUUUUUUUCUGUAACCGGUUUUAAAGGAGAUAAUCAAACAGGACAUAUCUGUUUCCACGCUUCCAAAGCCUUUCUGUCACAUAAUGGCUAUGUUCUAAAUUCAUACGAAGACCUUGGUGAUCACCCAAGUUCGAGGUUGCACCAAACUAGCCGUGUCGAUCAAGUAAUUUAUCCUUUCCCUAGCGACACAAGAGUUGGAAGAGACCACGUGGAAAGUGGACCAAUGAUUUCUUUGGCUAUAAAAAUUCAUAAUGAUACUCGACAGCACGUAAAGACCUUCAAAACUGCCAUCGCCGUUCAAGGAGGCAUUUUACGUCAUCGGUUUGGUCCUUCCACUCAGAGCUGGUUCAACCAAUUGAUCGAUUUCCUCGACGUGGUUGACUAUCCUAUAGCAGGCUAUCGGACGCCUACUGUUAUAACGGAGCUUCAUCUUAACGUAUCAGAAUGUGGAAUAGACUAUAGGCCACUUUAUUUACCUGCCAGAGCGUUCCUUAACGUUGGGACAGUAAACGUGUCAAGCAAUAUAAUGGCACUUACCAAUUCGUCUGUGCUACGUUUCGUUGUAGAAGACGCCUGCUUAUACUUGUCAAAUCGCGUAAGCUACGGGACGGUAAAUCUUCAAAGGGAUUACGUCUGUGUGCUCGAAAUUGACUUAAUCGAACUGUCGCUGAGACUGCGUGAAAAACAACAAGAAACAGGAGACUCAUCUAGAAACAACUUUGAACUCCCGGAAACCAAAAUACCUUUCUUUGAGUUGCAGGCGUCGUUAAACCUAAUCCGUUUAAGAACUUGUGCCGAUUCCUGCCGAUUGCUACUUGAUUUAAUGAAGUAUUUAGCGGAGGACGGUGAUUUCGAUGAGAAAGGAAUCGCAAUGUCGGAAGACUCAAGUGAAAGCGGUUUACUGCUAAAAAGUGGAUCGAACAGUGCCGUAGGCGGCUCCUUGGCAUCUCUCUGUGAGCAAGAAAAAGAAUCGCAGGUAAACGAUCUCAUGGCCGAGGCCAUGCGAGAUUCGACUCCUGUACAACAAAGACAACCUCAUAAACUACCACCAAAAGACGAGUCUGUGGUCAACACGACGGAAGUUUUCUUCUUUCCCGAUGAAAACCAAAUUCCCAUUCGAAAUGUAAAUCUUAUGAAUUAUCAAAAAGCAACCUGUGGAAAUGGUCACCAGGACGUACCAUACGACAUAGCUCAGCAACUUAUGGACGAAGCGCUUGACCCAGCAUGCGACGAUUGCCCAAAAACGGAAGAAGAAUUUUGUAUCCUAGAAAAUGAUCCUGGCGUCGGAUUUACGCCUCGAGGAGGUGAGCCACAGGUUCGUCAGUUAAUGCCGGCUUCCAUACAAGUUGUCGAUGGCCAUUUUUCGCCUCCCAUUGGAAAAACUGACGUUCUUAAAGCCCCGAAGAACUUUCCUGUCCCCGUUAUGCGAUAUGUGCUCAGUGAAAUGACACUGAUUUGGGAAAUAUUCGGUGGCCAAGAUUUUCCGAAGUCUGCGUCGUCUUCCAAUGCGAGUAAGCCUAAGUUUCACAAAACGGUUAGCUUCACGAAGGGAAAGGACAGCCCUGAACAGGUAAAAUUUUUCCCAUCGGUUGAUGGUAAGAAUACGUCUCAGCCUACUGGGAAACGUCCAAACGAUUGGCGUAGAUGUCAAAACAUGAGAGGUGGUUAUAACAGACAACAAGAUGUUAAAUUGGAGCUUCAAAUGAAUAAGGUGCGACUUAUCCAUGAAGUUUACCCUGACGAUACGUUCCAAGCCUCCCGUCAAGUCUUGACAAUAGCUGAUAUAGAAAUUAGAGAUCGCCUCGCUGAAUCACACAUUAAUAAACUGUUGUAUCAGUACUGCUGCGAGGCGCGACCCCGACAGGCUCAUGCUAACAUGAUUCUCGUCAAGGCGCUACAUAUUAGACCUGAUCUUCAUCUACCUGCUUUGGAAUGUUGUUUAAAAGUGUCCAUUUUACCUCUACGGUUGCAUUUAGAUCAAGAUACGCUUGUCUUUAUGACUGAUUUUUUUGCUGCCAUGUCCGAAGUAGGGUGUCAUGACGAAGAAGAGGGAGGAAGAUCCGCUAUGAAUGGACCGAUUCCAGUUCCUAUAAUGGGUUUAGCAACAGAUGUUGUUUCGCCAGGCACUUACCCGAGAGAAUUUACCCACCAGCGGGAAUCAGUUAGCACCGUGGAUUGCAAUGAUCUGUCAACUUCCCCGCCAGUGUAUUUCAGAUCGUUUACCUUUUCACCCGAUGUGUUGAUCCGAUUUGACUACCACGGUAAAGGGGUGGACCUUAGUCAAGGGCCCUCCUUUUCUGGACUUUUAGUCGGGCUUGGGCAAUUGAAUUGCUCACAGUUAACUCUUAAACGACUUUCCCAUCGGCACGGGCUUCUCGGAAUUCAUAAAUUGAUCGCGUUUGCUCUAAACGAAUGGUUGAUGGAUAUCAAGAAAAACCAGCUUCCAUCAAUAAUGGCAGGUGUGGGACCAAUGCAUUCAAUAGUUCAGUUAGUUCAAGGAAUUCGCGAUCUUUUCUGGCUACCAGUAGAACAGUUUCAAAAAGAUGGGAGAAUUGUUCGUGGACUGCAACGAGGUGCUAAUGCUUUCAGUACAUCUGCUGCAUUAGCGAUUCUGGAGUUGACUUCUCGUGUAGUACAAACCUUACAGAGCGCUGCGGAAACUGCUUAUGAUGUGGUUUCACCGGGACCCAGCGUGAGAAGAUCCCGGACAGGGUCACGGGGUCGACGUCGAAGGCAAGUUCAACCUGUGGAUAUUCGCGAUGGAGUAGCCAAAGCCUAUCAAGUCGUCAAGGAAGGUUUAGGAGAAACUGCCCAAACCUUAGUUCGUGUCGCAAAUGAAGAGGCAGAGCAAAAAGGGAUGACGGGAGCUGUAGGUGGAGUUCUUCGACAGAUCCCUCCCAUUGUAGUCAAACCUAUAAUUCUAGCAACUGAGGCUACUUUCAAUGUGAUUGGUGGCGUUCAAAGCCAGCUGAUGCCUGAUACGCGAAAGGAAGCUUGUGACAAAUGGAGACGAGAUGAUUAAAAUAUAACCCCAAAACUAAACUAAAUCUGUUCUAAUUUGUAAUAGAAGCUGCUGCCUUUUCUCCUAACGUUCUUCUUUUUAUUUGUUUUACAUAUCAAUUCUAUUUCCUUUCACACUCGAACAAUACUCUGUGACAUCAGAAAAUAUAUACCAAUUUAUACUUC